AUGUUUUCUGUGAGGAUCGCCUGCCUGCUGCUGACUGUGGUUGGCACUGUAUGGACUUCAGAUACGGGUGAAGGCGACUUUUUAGCAGAAGGAGGAGGGGUACGUGGUCCAAGAAUUGUGGAGAGACAGCAGUCUGCAUGCAAAGAGGGGGACUGGCCCUUCUGUGCUGAUGAAGACUGGACCCACAAAUGCCCUUCCGGCUGCAGGAUGAAAGGGUUGAUUGGUGAAAUCAAUCAAGAUUUUACAAACCGAAUAAAUAAGCUCAAAAAUUCACUGUUUGAUUUUCAAAAGAACAAUAAGGAUUCGAACUCAUUGACCAGGAAUAUAAUGGAGAUUUUGAGAGGGGACUUUGCCAGGGCCAAUAACAAUGAUAAUACAUAUAACCAAGUGUCGGAAGAUCUGAGGAGCAGAAUUGAGAUUCUGAGACGCAAAGUCAUAGAGAAAGUGCAGCACAUCCAACUUCUGCAGAAAAACGUCAGGGCUCAGCUGAUAGAUAUGAAACGUCUGGAGGUAAGUGGACUUGACAUUAAGAUCCGAUCUUGCAAAGGGUCAUGCAGUAGGGCUUUAGUUCAUGAGGUCAACCUGAGAGACUAUGAAGAUCAGCAGAAGCAGCUUGAACAGGUCAUUGCUAAAGACUUACUUCCCUCUAGAGAUAAUCAAUACUUACCAGUCAUAAAAAUGAGUCCAAUUCCAGACUUGGUUCCUGGAGAUUUCAAGAGCAAGCUUCCGACGGCCCCUCCAGAGUGGAAAGCAUUGGCAGAAAUGCAGCAGAUGAGAAUGGAGCUAGAGCGACCUGGGAGAGAGGGAACUCUCCAAGGAGGCUCUGCAACUUAUGGACUAGGAUCAGAAACAGACAGCCGCAGGAAGCCUAGUCCUGGUGGUACUGGACAUCGGAAUCCUGAGAGCCCUGGAACUGGAACUGUUGGAAGUCAGAGCCCUGGGGUCUCUGGAACUGAUGGUACUGGACACUGGAAUCCUGGGACCACUGGUUCUGGUCAUAGUGGAAGCUGGACUCCUAUAAACUCUGGACCUGGAAGCUUUAGACCAGACAGCCCGAGGUAUGGGAGUACCAGGCCUAUGAACCCAAACUGGGGUGAAUUUGAAGAGGUAUCAGGCAGUGUAAGCCCAGCCUCAACGAGAGAGCAUCACACAGGUAAAUUGGUCUCUUCUAAAGCAGAUAGAGAGCUCCUGAUUGGCAAUGAGAAAGUAACCUCUACUGGCACAACCACCACACGUCGUUCAUGCUCCAAAACUGUCACUAAGACAGUGAUAGGCCCUGAUGGACACAAAGAAGUGACCAAAGAAGUGGUACAGUCUGAAGAUGGCACUGACUGUGGUGAGGCCAUUGACUUAGGAGCCUUUCAAGAUUUAAGUUCCCGUGGCAAACUGGAUGAAUUUGCCCAUCACCACUCUUCUGUUUUCUAUGAUGCUUUCUCUGGUGGGAAAACACCACCAUUCCCAGGUUUAUCUUCACCUGUGGUCAGCAGUAAGACCCAGUCCAUGGGUUCAGACUCUGAAUUCCUCACAGAAGGAAGGGACACCAGCUCUCAUUCCUUUGGUGUACCUGACUACUCCACUGGUAAAACUUCAACUCACAGAAAACUUAUAACCAGUAGCGCAACUUACAAUUCAGGGGGUUCCACAUUUGAAAGCAAGAGCUAUAAAAUGGCAGAUGAGGCCAGAAGUGAGGCCAAUAAUGAAGAUCAUACCAUCAAGAGAGGCCAUGCUAGAUCUCGCCCUGCCAGAGACUGUGAUGAUGUCCUCCAAACACAUCCUUCAGGUGCCCAAAGUGGCAUUUUCAAUAUCAAGCUACCGGGAUCCAGUAAGAUUUUUUCUGUUUAUUGUGAUCAAGAGACCAGUUUGGGAGGAUGGCUUUUGAUCCAGCAAAGAAUGGAUGGAUCACUGAAUUUUAACCGGACCUGGCAAGACUACAAGAGAGGUUUCGGCAGCCUGAAUGAGAAGGGCCAAGGAGAAUUCUGGCUAGGCAAUGACUAUCUCCACUUACUCACUCUGAGGGGCUCUGUCCUUAGGGUGGAGUUAGAGGACUGGGCUGGGAUCAUGGCUUAUGCAGAGUAUCACUUCCGGGUCAGCUCUGAGGCUGAAGGUUAUGCCCUGGAGGUCUCUUCUUAUAAGGGCACUGCAGGAGAUGCUCUGAUGGAGGGCUCUGUGGAGGAAGGGACAGAGUACACGUCUCACAAUGGCCUGAAGUUCAGCACCUUUGACAGGGACACAGACCAGUGGGAAGAGAACUGUGCAGAGGUCUAUGGAGGAGGCUGGUGGUACAACAACUGCCAGGCAGCCAACCUCAAUGGCAUCUACUACCCCGGGGGCACCUAUGACCCCAGGAACAACAGCCCUUAUGAGAUUGAGAAUGGCGUGGUCUGGAUCCCCUUUAGAGGAGCAGAUUAUUCCCUUAGGGCUGUUCGCAUGAAAAUCAGGCCCCUGGUGACCCAGUAG